CCAGUCUAAUAGCUGAUGAGAACAAAGCUUUUAUACCACCAGUAUUUAGCCUAUUUUUAUAGGUACAAUGUAAUACCACCUUUUAAAUCCAUUUUUCUUGCUUCCUUAGCUUUUCCUUGGUUUGGCUUGGACAUCGGAGGGACUUUGGUGAAGCUGGUUUAUUUUGAACCCAAAGACAUCACAAUGGAGGAGGAGGAGGAAGAAGUGGAGAACCUGAAAAGCAUUAGGAAAUAUCUGACCUCCAACACUGCCUAUGGAUCCACAGGCAUUCGAGAUGUCCACUUGGAGCUAAAGGACCUUACGCUGUGUGGACGUAAAGGCAAUCUGCACUUUAUUCGCUUUCCUACUUAUGACAUGCCUGCUUUUAUUCAGAUGGGCAGUGAAAAACAUUUCUCGAGCCUCCACACUACUUUAUGUGCCACUGGAGGUGGAGCGUAUAAAUUUGAGCAGGACUUUCGCACAGUGGGUGACCUUCGGCUGUGCAAAAUGGAUGAACUUGACUGCCUUAUAAAGGGAGUUCUCUACAUUGAUUCAGUGGGGUUCAAUGGACACUCGGAGUGCUACUAUUUUGAAAACCCCACAGAUCCUGAAAAAUGUCAGAAGGUCCCCUUCAACUUGGAGAAUCCCUACCCUCUCCUUUUGGUGAACAUCGGCUCAGGGGUCAGCAUCUUAGCAGUCUAUUCCAAAGACAAUUACAAGCGAGUGACAGGGACCAGCCUUGGAGGAGGAACAUUUUUUGGCCUCUGCUGUCUUCUGACCGGCUGCUCCACCUUUGAAGAGGCUCUUGAAAUGGCAUCCCUUGGAGACAGCACAAAAGUGGACAAACUAGUGCGGGAUAUUUAUGGAGGGGACUAUGAGCGCUUCGGGCUGCCAGGUUGGACCAUAGCAUCCAGCUUUGGAAACAUGAUGAGCAAAGAGAAACGAGACGCAGCCAGUAAGGAGGACCUGGCGCGAGCAGCCUUGAUCACCAUCACCAACAACAUUGGCUCCAUCGCACGAAUGUGCGCACUGAAUGAGAACAUUAAUAGAGUGGUUUUUGUGGGGAACUUCUUGCGAAUCAAUACCAUCUCCAUGAAGUUUCUGGCAUAUGCUUUGGACUACUGGUCAAAGGGACAACUGAAGGCGCUUUUCCUGGAACAUGAGGGAUAUUUUGGAGCAGUGGGGGCUCUUCUGGAGCUUUUGGAAUCAGCCUGAAUCCACUGAGAGUCUGGACCCCAGAUUCAACAGGGGAUUUCUAACCAAGAUGGAACAUCUGUGUUCAUUUAAUUUUAUUUGUAAAAACAACUACCUAUUAAUAGCUGCAGUGACUGUGAAUGACGUCUUCAGUCUUUGCAGAGAAGGACAAAUAGAGUUUUUUGUUCUUAAAGGUAACUGGAUAUAGGUUAGUUGGUCAGAAUGCUUAUCUGUACAUGAAACUGUGUGAAUUGUGUGGAUCCAAAAUGUUAAGAUGUGCAUUUGCUCAAUCUUGUGUCAAGCAACAUUUCUUCCAUGGACUUUGAGGUGGCUGCAGCUGUCACUUCAUGUCUUCUAGGAAUUAUUUUAAGUAUUGUUCUAUUUACUAAUCUUGUAUAAACUCUUGAAGGGCUGUGUGCAUUUUCAUAAUGGCAUCAAGAUGUGCAGACUAUGAAAACACACCUAAAAUAUUAAAUCUGUUUUCUUAAAAGAGCAGUUUUUGUCC